ACCUUUCAUGAUUAACAGGUGCCACUUUUUAUUCCUUUGUAGGAAAUUCAGGCCCCAAGAAGGUAUUUCUUCCUAAAUGGAUGUUCUUAUACCUCCAAACAAUGUGACUGAAUUUGUUCUCUUGGGACUCACACAGAAUCCACUCUUGCAGAAAAUACUCUUCAUUGUGUUUUUGUUCAUUUUCCUAUUCACUGUUCUGGCCAACUUGCUCAUUGUCAUUACCAUCUCCCUCAGCCCCACACUUUCUGCUCCCAUGUACUUCUUUCUCACUUACUUGGCCUUCAUAGAUGCCUCCUACACAUCCGUCACCACCCCUAAAUUGAUCACUGACCUACUGUACCAGAGGAGAACCAUAUCCUUGGGAGGCUGCCUGACUCAGCUCUUUGUGGAGCACUUCCUGGGAGGAUCAGAGAUCAUACUCCUCAUUGUCAUGGCCUAUGACCGCUACAUGGCCAUCUGCAAGCCUCUGCACUACACAACCAUCAUGCAACAGGGACUCUGCCAGCUCCUGCUGGUGGUGGCCUGGAUCGGGGGGAUUAUGCAUGCCACUGUGCAGAUUAUUUUCAUGGUCAACUUGACCUUCUGUGGUCCCAACAUCUUUGAUCACUUCAUGUGUGACCUCUUUCCACUGUUAAAGCUUGCCUGCAGUGACACCUACAAGCUCGGUAUAGUGGUGGCAGCAAACAGUGGGGCCAUGUGCUUGCUCAUUUUUUUCAUGCUCCUCAUCUCGUACACAGUCAUCCUGAGCUCCCUGAAAUCCCAUGGCUCUGAAGGACAGCGCAAGGCCCUCUCUACAUGUGGCUCCCACUUUACAGUAGUGGUGUUCUUUUUUGUCCCUUGUAUAUUCACCUACAUGCGUCCUGUGGCCACCUAUCCUGUGGACAAGUGGGUGGCUGUGUUCUUUGCAAUCCUCACUCCCAUGUUAAAUCCUAUCAUCUAUACAGUGAGAAACACAGAGGUGAAAAAUGCCAUGAUGAAUUUGAUGAAGAGGAGAAUAAUGUAG